AUGAACGAACGCAAGAUGCUACUCUUCGUUCUCUCCGCGCUGCUGUACGGCGUGUACUGCGUCAACAUGUGGUUCACGACACGCAACGCUGACGGGGCGUCGGUUGACAGCGGCGCGAAAACUGUUAAGUUCGCGCCCGAAAUAAUCGCGAACGGAACGGCGAGGACAGCGGGAAAGAAGACGAAGAGCGCGCCGCGUCUACUGAAAGACGCGUGCAGUGCGCUGCAAGUGUUCACGGAGCGGCCUUUGACCAAGCGGAGGAAGCGUGACAAGGAGAGCAUGGAGCCAGACAACAACACCGUCACGGUGAUUGGUAUAACAACGUUCCUCAUAAUAUUGAUACUGAACGCCGUCCUAGACGUGCUCAAAGCGAAGGAAGAGGAACGGGCGAAGAGGAAACUCAACCCGGACGGGGGAAGGAGGCACUCUUUAGCUGAGUUCGCUAAUAAGAAGAAUUUGCGACGGGAGUCGAGCAAGUUCGGUCUGCAACUGUUUCAAAUAGCAGAAACAAAGCCCCAGGAGGGGACCAAGGAGGAGAGGAAAACUCGGAAGUCUUACACGCGAGGCGACUCGAUUAAUUCCUAUCUGAGCGACAAGAAACGCCGAGAGAAUUCGGCGCCGGCGUCCGUUGUUGACACACCAGCCGAGGUCAAACUAGCGAAAAGACAAUCAGUUGCAAAACUCUUCGGCGCUCGUCCUGUUCCAAUGGUGAGGCGGUCAUCAUUUCCAGCUCUGCCUCUAAACCCAGAAAUACAAGCGCUGAUGCUUGGCAACCGACAGUCGUCCUUCGAAAGCGACGACGAAGACGGGAGGGGGCGUCGCGUUCGAAUAAUACGCAGAUAU